AUGUUUGUUCAUAGCACGGCGCACAAAGCAUAUGAGCGCAUGCUUCUAACGUACGUUGGUUUUGGGGAGCUUGUCUUGCAUCGAUGUCCCAGAAAUGCCGACUGUGUCACAAGCCGUUUGGUUUGUUUCAGCCGACCUGGGUUGCAGCAUUGGGCCUCCUGCCCCAUGGCUCUGGCAUUCCGCAACACCUUGGCCCUGGUGAUGCUCUGGCUUCUGCCUCCCCAGUCCGUGGCUGGGCCCGGGUACUUGGCUUGCUACUACGGCUGCUUGGGGGUGUGCUUCGCAGCUGGCGUGGCUGCGGCUGGGAUUUGUCCUCCCGCAGGCCUGAGCGGCGCGGCUGCCUGCACAAGCGGCUGCGCGGCAGCGUGCACGCCAACGCUGCUUGCAUGCUUUUCUGAGGACACCCGCGUCCAGGUCCUCAACGGCACAGGUGUGGCUGUGGUGCCCUUGAGCGCUGUAGCGCCGGGGCAAAGGCUUUGGAGCUUCUACCAGGGCAAGCCCUUGGCGGUGAAGGUUCUGGAGAAUCAAAGGUUGCAAGGCAACUUCAGCUUCGUGGAGCUGGUGGUCGUGAGUGGUGAUCAACGUUUCAGCCUGGCCAUCACGGAGAGCCACAACAUGCCCCGGCUGCGGCGCUCCGCCCCUGAGUUGCGGGAGGCACACUUGGAGGUGGCCACAGCGGAGGAGCUGCGGGUGGGCGACAUCGUGGCCACCGGCGUCUCGCGCCUGGGCUUCGGCGUCAUCUCGGAGCUGCGGCGCAUGCAGAAGUCUGCGAAGCACGUGCUGACCACGGAGACCGCAAGCGUUGUGGCCAACAACAUUCUGAGCAGCACCAUUUGUGACGGCCGCGACGACAUCUACAACCGCUCCAGCUGGCUUGUGACGCUGAACCAGUGGCAGGCGUUGCAUGAGGAGCGCCUCAAGCAGAUGUAG